GAACCACGUCGGCAGCCAAAGUGCAAGCAAUGCAGCUAUUCCAGUCCAAUCAAUACCCAGGUGUCAAAAAGGCCUCGACCCCGUCGUCAUUGCCAUUCUGCGUCGACCUUCUCCUCCCCAAAGGCUACUCACUCACUGAAACGGGUAGCCACUGUUCCUGCCCUUGUCUCCCUCCUUGCUGUCCAUUUCUGGCAGCAGCUCGAUCACCCUGUCAUAUCGCCCAAUCGGUUCCUAGGUCUACGCCCCAUUUCCAUACAAUCCGGCUGCUGCAGAAUCAGAUCAGGUUCAGCUGCUGGCGCAGUAAGGAAAGCCGCAAUCCCCGCCGCACCGCACCGCCCCCGGCAUUGUGUCCAGUUCUGGCUGUUCAUCGUUUGGUGCGUGCCUGGAACUUGUGUCCAGGACCAGUUCGCGAGCCCUUGUCGCCUGCAACGCAACCCAACGGUGUCAAGUGCCCCUGCCUACUCAUUCGACCACCGCCAUACCAACCGCUGGCGCAGCUACCGGAUAGGAGAAGAAUGAAGCAAGGGGACAGGGAGUCAAGGCUACAUUGUCCAACCAGCACGAGUCCCGAAGAAGACAUUGGCUUCCUGGCGUAGCCCAGUGUGUA